GCCUGGUGGCAGCUCCGACGCUCGAGCUGUGUUUCUUUUUUCCUCAAAAAAGCUGGCAACCCUGCAUUCAUUGCCAUUGGGCACAAUUAGCGCAAAAAAAGAAAGAAAAUAAGCAGCUGAAAGACAAUAGCAGGACGACAAAUACGACACCAAAACGUGAUUUAUUUACAAUUGCUGACCUAGCGCUCUACGCCACAAUACGGCUGGAGUGUUUGAGUGCAUGUGAAUUGUGUAAACGGAGACUGACAAAGUGAGCAAAGCAGGCAAAAGUAAAAAUAUAUUUAUUUGCCUAUGCCUUGGGAAACGGAAUACGCAAUAAAUGAUAAUCGACCUCUUGCGGGGAAAGAAGCGGAAAUUAUCGAGGCGCGUUAAGCGCCAACCAACAUCAACAACUACAACAACAAUAAGUAAAUACAUCCCGUUAUCCCAAAUUCAGAUAGCCUUCAAAAAUACAAACACACACACACAGACUAGCAGACGCAAUUGUGUGCGGCAACAAUAACAAUAGCAACUGGAAUAAGGAGGAUAACGGUAACGGUGUAACUGGAACUGGAAUUGGAAUUGGAACUGGAAAAUGCCACAGCUGAGGGCCGCUGCCGCUGAGGCGGCUGCAGCGGGCAGCGUGAAUGGUCAACCUCUGGUGAAGAUCGGACAUUAUCUGCUUGGUGCAACACUUGGCACGGGCACCUUUGGCAAGGUGAAAAUCGGUGAGCAUCAGAUAACGCGGCUCAAGGUCGCCGUCAAGAUACUCAACAGGCAGAAGAUCAAGAGUCUCGAUGUUGUUGGCAAGAUACGACGCGAGAUACAAAACUUGAAACUCUUCCGCCAUCCGCACAUUAUCAAGCUCUACCAGGUGAUCUCUACCCCAUCGGAUAUAUUCAUGAUCAUGGAGUAUGUGAGCGGAGGAGAGCUCUUCGACUACAUUGUGAAGCAUGGCAAGUUGCAGGAGCAUCAGGCGCGACGUUUCUUUCAGCAGAUAAUAUCUGGCGUGGAUUACUGUCAUCGUCAUAUGAUCGUGCAUCGGGAUUUGAAGCCAGAGAAUCUACUGCUCGAUCACAAUAUGCACGUGAAGAUUGCCGACUUUGGACUGUCCAAUAUGAUGUUGGAUGGUGAAUUUUUGAGGACAUCUUGUGGCUCACCCAAUUAUGCGGCACCGGAGGUGAUAUCGGGUAAACUGUAUGCUGGUCCCGAGGUGGAUAUCUGGUCAUGUGGCGUCAUUUUGUAUGCUCUGCUGUGCGGCACAUUGCCGUUCGAUGAUGAGCAUGUGCCGUCACUGUUCCGUAAGAUCAAGUCGGGGAUCUUUCCCAUACCGGAGUAUUUGAACAAGCAGGUGGUGAAUUUGGUGUGUCAAAUGCUGCAGGUGGAUCCGUUGAAGCGUGCCACCAUCGAGGAGAUUAAGAAGCAUGAGUGGUUCCAAAAGGAAUUGCCCGCCUAUCUGUUUCCCUCAUCGAUCGAGCAGGACUCGAAUGUGAUUGACACAUAUGCGGUGGCCGAGGUGUGCACCAAAUUUGGCGUCAAGGAAUCCGAGGUGCACAAUUCCCUGCUCAGCGGUGAUCCGCACGAUCAGCUGGCGAUCGCCUAUCAUCUGAUCAUUGACAACAAACGCUUUGCGGACGAUGCUGCCACACAGAUAAGCGAGAUAAAUAAUUUCUUUGUGGCCGGCUCACCGCCACCCACAAUGCCCAUGCAGCACCACCACUCGCCCCACGAUCCCUCGCGUCUCAGUGGUGGCAACAACGAGCCCGUGGCGACCGUCAUCAUUGGCGGUGGCGGCACUGCAGCCAGUUCGGGCAGUGCCACGCCUGUGCAUCAUAAUAAUGGUGCGCCCAGCCUUAAUCUUGGUGGUGCUGGCGCUGGUGGUGGUGGUGGGCCCACCAUACGACCACAUCCGGAACGCAUUGCACCGCACAUACGCGAACGCGCCGUACAGAAUACGGGCGGAGGUGCCUUCCCGGAGAAGACAGCACGUGGCGGCACACCAAUCAAGCGUGCCAAAUGGCAUCUGGGCAUACGAUCGCAGAGUAAACCGAAUGACAUUAUGCUCGAGGUUUAUCGUGCCAUGAAAGCAUUGAGCUACGAGUGGAAGAUCAUCAAUCCGUAUCAUGUGCGUGUACGGCGUCAGAAUGUGAAGACGGGCAAAUUCUCAAAGAUGUCGCUGCAAUUGUAUCAGGUGGAUGCCAAGAGUUAUCUGCUCGACUUCAAGUCGCUGACCAACGAUGAGGUCGAACAGGGCGAUGAUGUCAUCAUGGAGAGCCUGACGCCGCCGCCUUUAAGUGUCAGCGGUGUGAUGCCACUUCAGCCAACGGGACACCACACCAUGGAGUUCUUUGAGAUGUGCGCCGCCCUCAUCAUACAGCUGGCGCGCUAAGAUCAUCGAUUGAUUGGCCUUUCGAUCGUUAUGACCUUCCACCACGCCUACCAAAACCCUUUUUUCAAAUGACAUCCAACUGAAAGAAGCUCUAUAUUUAUGAAGAAUGAUUUUCCAUUAGAAAUUUAUUUAAUUCUCUAUCAUUUGAAGGUCAUUCAACUAACAACUACAUGAAAAACAGGCAAGAAAAUGUAAAUUUAAUAGAAAACCAUUUUUCAUCUGAGUGUUCUUCUCUGCUCUUUUAUUUGGAUUGUAUUCGAAUAACAUCCACAUGAGAAAGCAGGCAAAUUGUUAACUCUUUGAAUGAAAAUGAUGUUUUAUUUGAUUUAAAAUUUUUUAUUCUUCUCGCUCAUUUGAAUUUUAUUUAAUUAACAUUCACAAAAGAUAACGAUAAAUAAUUGUAAAUUCAAUAGUAAAUGUUUUUCCAACAGAUUUCACUUUCUUCCCUUUCAUUUGGAGUUUUUCAAAAUUAUAUCCACAUGAAAAAAUGACAACAAAGUUUUUACAAAUGAAUAGACAAUUAUUUUCCAUAAAAUUCCAAACAUCCUUCUCAUUUGGAUGCUUUUGAAAUAACAUCCACAUGACAAAAUGUUACAAAUUCAAUGGAAAAUGAUAUUUAAAAAAAUAUAAUUAUCUUUUCUUUCAGUUGGAUGUUAUAUAUGGCCGUAUUUUUAAUCCUAGCAAACUAUUAUAUAUACUAUUUUGUUUCAUUAUGAUUCGUAUUCGUUGUUUGAUAAUCCAUUAGUUUUUAAAUUGUGUUGCUACGAUAUCUGUAUAUGUUGAAGCUUUUAUGAUUUUUUUAUUUUAAUUAUUAUUUUAUUAUUAUAAUUAUUAUUGUAUUUGAAAAUUUAUAUAUAUACGUAUAUCGAUUGUAUUAAUUUCAAACGAAUCAAAUCCUUGUACAAUUGUAUUUGAUAUUUAACUUGAAGUUGCAAUAAUUCCCAUCCAAAAUUCCCUUCGUUCCCCCUCCUCCCCCCCCUGCUCGUUCCGCUGGCCAUUGGUCAACAAAUUUUGUUAAACUAUUUGGUAUAAGGCAUAGCUAAAAUUACAUUAAAAAAAAAACAAU